UAAAAAGAAGAAAAUUAAACCAAAACCUGAAAAAUCGAUGUCAAAACACCGGCUUGUAGAAAUUGAAAAAGCAGUCGCUGCAGAAAAUGACCCAGCGCAAAUAAAAAAAAAGAAAUCACUUAAAUUCCGCCAAAAUACCUCAGAUGAGCAUCAUCAAAAAUUUGGCCCCACAUCACCACAUAGUGAAUCAGAGAUUGUAUUAUCUGGAGAAGAUUAUAGACGAAAAAUUGAAGAAUUGCGAAACGAAGGUGGUUCAUCAUGGCUAAGAGUUUAUACAGAAAUGGAAUAUUCAAAAGAUGAAACUGAUAGAUUAAGAGAGCCACCAAGGAUGAAAUAG